AUGUCUGAUACUAAAAUUGAAAUAACAAAGCUUCCUUUGUCCGAAAAUCUAAGCUUUUAUAAGGAACACCUUGAAAGGUCAGAACACGAAUAUCAGGAGGCAACCGAAGCUUUCGAAAAAUGUAAAAUUUCACACGAAGAGCAUCAUAAAUUAACUUGGGAAUUGCAAAAACGCCAGCAUGAGAUCUCUGAAUUACAGAAGGACCUCAUUCAAGAAUUAAGGGACCGAAGAAAGAUUCAAUAUUUAUUAUCAAUCACCGGACCUUUGGAGUCGGACGAUGAAAUAUUUCGACAAAAUCCCAAAUUACUGGAUCCACGUGAAAAUGAAAUAGAGACACUAAAAUCUCAGUUUGAAGAACAGAGGCAUGAAUAUGAUGAGAUCGUAGAUAACCUCAAAUUAAAUCAUCAAGCUUGUGUAGAGGAGGAGGAAAGAAGGAAACAUCGAGAUGCCAAUAAAAUUCAAGAAUUAACAAGAAAGGUUCAGAGAAUUGAGAACGUAUUCCGGGAAAAUAUCAAAGAAAUGCUUCAGUUUAAAAAAGACAAGGUGACUGAGAGUAGACGGAUUAAUGAAGAACAGGCAGUUCUAUUUCACGAAUUGUCUGAUCUGAAGGUAAAGUUACGGGAAGAGAGCGAAAGAAAUGAUACGGUUGAAAGGAAUAUCGAAUCAAAGAUCGAGAAAGAAAUAGUUAAUUCUGAAAACGAACUUAGAUCAGUUAAGGUCGAAAAAGAGCAAUCCGAACUAGCCUCUCGACGUAAGAUAGAAAUCCUCCAAAGGAAGGUUGAAACACUCACUGCAAAGUAA